AUGACUGAAGAGACAUCAAGGAGUUGUGAUAGUGGUUUCGGAUUUGGACUGGCCAAACGCCUGGACUCGCUGGGCUUCACGGUGUUUGCCGGCUGUCUGCUGGCAGACAGUGGUGGGAAGGGGUCAAAGAAACUCCGGGCGGAGUGCUCGAGCAGGCUGAGUACUGUUCAGAUUGACGUCACUGAUGAUGGACAGGUGCAGGCCGCUGUUAGACAGGUCAAAGGUCGACUGCCGAAGGGGUCAAAGUGUCUUUACGCAUUGGUUAACAAUGCUGGGGUCUGGCAGCCGGGAGAGAUAGAGUGGGUCAGCAUGGCCGCCUACCGACGUGUGAUGGAAGUGAAUGCCUUCGGUACCGUGCGGGUCACCAAGGCGUUCUUGCCUCUGAUUCGUCGGGCGAAAGGACGAGUUGUGAACAUCACCAGUGAGGCGGGUCUACAUUCACCUCCAACUAUAUCCCCCUAUCACAUGAGCAAGAGUGCCGCGGAAUUUUUCUCAGAUACACUCAGGCACGAGAUGUACAAGUGGGGAGUCAAAGUCGUCAUCGUGGAGCCUGGCAGCUUCGGACAGGCUACAGAUAUUGCUUUGCCUGCCGUCUACAAUAGGCUCGUUGAGAAUCUACGGAACAACAUGGAAGAAGCUGUUAAGGAGGAUUAUGGCAUGGAGUACUUCGACUUCAAAAUGGAACAGAUGAGAUCCGGAAUUAAUUCUAAGGCUCAGGGAAAGGAUCCCACCCCUGCCAUAGAUGCAAUGGUGGACGCCGUCACCCUGACCACCCCCGCACAUCGCUACUUGGUCGGGUCGAGUUUUGAGGACUACAUCAACAAGAUUUGGCUGGGCUACUUCCCCACACAGUGGACUGACUACACGGAGAGGCCCGAGAAGGAAAGCGACCCUAAACCGGCCAUGCUACAGAAAAAUAUCUAGUACAAUUAUCGCAGUAUAUUCACUACUUGUAUUCCUUGAAUUGGAUGUGUCAUGUUGACUGAAUUGUACAUUUGGUAUAUUCCGGAACUGUAAACUAUAACCAAGGACUCCUUGCUAUAACCAAUUAUAUUAUAUAGACCUAUGUAACCUCAUUACUAUAACAUGUCAGUACUUGAUAGAAGAUAUCAAGCAUGACAGGUGAAUAUAAAAUUGGUACGUGGCGAUUUACAUCAAGAUUGGCUAUUUACGAAAACGUUGUUAAAACGAUAAGGUAGCUUCACUUCAGCAAGCAUCUCACAGGCCUUCCAAUGGCCAUCCCCCUUGAGGGGAAAAUACCAAUAAGUGACCCCAUCACAUCAGCAAAAGAUUGUGCACAUGCGAUAAAAUAUAGCUUCAGAAUCAUCUUUGAUAUGUGAUUACCUUACUUAUGAUUAUUUAUAAUUACUUAUAAUUGCGGAAAAUACUUCUAGUUUGGAGGUUUCAAAAAAGGUGUCAAAACGUAAGAUUUGAAACGAAGUGUAGAAUAUUUUCAGCUGACAAAUCCUGAAUACUUAAUAAUGGAUGAAAUAAAGGCAUCUACUAUGACAA